AUGGCUGAAUUCGACCCGCAAAAGAAAUACCAGGAGCAAGAGGAAAUAUUCUUUGAUGAUGGCCGCGAAAGGGAACUCUUACAAUUCAUCUACGACAAGCCAGAUGUUGAGGAGAUGCGAAAUUCGCCGCAUAAAGUGCUGGCGGCUAUCGACGAAUUCGCACGUACUCAGAAGUACCUCAUGAAUGUGGGAGAAGACAAAGGCCGGAUCGUGACUGACCUGAUAGCCGAAGUAAAGCCCCAGGUUAUGGUCGAGCUAGGCGGCUACGUUGGGUACUCCUGCAUCUUGUUUGGAGACGCUUUGCGCAAGGCUGGCGGCAAGAGGUAUUUCAGCCUUGAACGAAAUCCGGAAUUCGUGACUGUCAUCUCUUCUCUGGUCGACCUUGCAGGGCUAAGCGACAUUGUCAAGGUCGUUAAGGGAUCAAGUGACGCCUCGAUCAAGGAGUUGCACGCUACAGGAACUCUCCAGCACAUCGACCUGAUGUUCCUGGAUCACUACAAGCCAGCGUACACCACCGACCUCAAGCUCUGCGAGGAGCUGAAUCUGAUCACUCCGGGUUCCGUCUUGGCCGCGGACAACGUGAUUAAACCUGGGAAUCCACCGUACCUGGAAUACGUGCGGAGCAGUGUCGAGCAGAAGAAGCAGGCGACGCAGAAAGCACAGACCUUUAAUGGCGUGGAUACGCGCUUUGCCGAUCAAACGGCCAAACAAUACCUGAGAAGGGAGGGCGAAGCUAAACUGGACGAGACGAGGGUGGGCAAUCCCCUCUUGAUCUACGAAAGUAAACUCGUUCACAGCUUCGAGCCCUCUGGAGUGCCGGACGCUAUUGAAAUCACGAGAUGUAUUGGGGUGGCCAAGGAAGACUGA